AUGGCGACAUUGGUACUUCCCACAAUGCUCUCAGACAUAGAAGACCUUUUACCUAUUUUUUUGAAAAACCUUCUUGUAUUACGACACACAUUACUAGACCAAGUUAAAAAGAUACGAGCAAUUGCUCAAAGAAGGCUAAGCACACCAUCUUCACCAUCGUCGCCAUUACAUAGUACAGCAAAUUCAUCUCCUUUCGUGAAAAAACAAAAGCAAGACCCUUUUAGAAUCUUAGAUAAUUU